CAAUUGUUUGCUGACGUUGGCUUUCUUCCCUUGGCGUUCCUCCCCUUGGACAGUCCGAUCAAAUCCACGUCCUUCUAUUAAAAAUCCUAGACGCCGUUUCGGUAUCGGCCGAUCCGAUACGCGUCCCGCUACAUUUCUAAGAGAGAGAGGAGAGCGACGAUUGCUUUGCUUUCUCUCUCCUCAUCAAAUAUUUGCAAAGAAGCGUGGCUGGUGGUGGGAUGGACAUUGUUCAUCUCUGAGCAUCGAAAAUAUCGGAUCUUUUGAAGCUACAGAGUUGAACCAAAUGCAGUCAAAUUUGCAAGAUGCUUCACCAAUGCUACAACAGGAAAGCUCUAUCUUACCGCAACCUAUGGAUUUGUUUGUUAAAGAGCCGGUGGAUAUUGUUAAGGUGAAUGGGGAGGCCAAUGCUGAUGAAUCUAUCAAAAGUUCAUCUGACAAUGCUGCAGUUGACACUAGAGAGUUGAGCGAGACUCGGGUAAAUCUUGAAGAUUCUCCGUCAUUGUUGAAGAAAGAAUGUUCUACAUCCCUCCGACCUACCAAAAAGAAUCGUAAAAGGGCACUGCAUAGAGCUGAAGGUGAUGUAGAGAAUGGUGGUGAUGAAUCUAUUGGUAAUAGUUCGAACCAGUUGGUGCUUUACAAUCCUGAUACCAUCAAUACAAUCGAGAACACACUUCCGGUAUCUGAGCACAACCAAAGACUGAUAACAUCAAAUCCUUCUAGCCGGGUAUAUCCGUCUGUUGGGGCAUUCACUGUCCAGUGUGCUAAUUGUUUUAAAUGGAGACUCAUCCCGACAAAGGAAAAGUAUGAGGAAAUACGUGAGCACAUCAUGGAAAGACCUUUUACAUGCCAGCAAGCUCGUGCAUGGCGUCCUGAUAUAACUUGUGACGAUCCAGCAGACAUAUCUCAAGAUGGAAGUAGACUUUGGGCAAUCGAUAAGCCUAGCAUUGCUCAACCUCCGCGUGGAUGGGAAAGGCAGCUUAGAAUUAGAGGGGAAGGGGGCACCAGGUUUGCAGACGUGUACUAUGUUGCUCCAUCUGGAAAGAAACUGAGAUCCAUGGUUGAAGUCCAAAAGCACCUGCUAGAACACCCAGAGUACAAUGAACAAGGGGUGAAAUUAUCUCAAUUUUCUUUUCAGAUCCCAAGGCCUCUGAAAGAUAACUAUGUGAGGAAACGACCUACACGAGUAUCAAAUCCUGAUGGUGGUCUUGGAUUGUCAAUGCCUCUGGAACCAGAAGAAGUGAAUCCCCUGUCAUGGGUAGAGCCAACAGCUGAAGAUCUUCCGGUCCCUCCAGCCAACGGCAGUCCAGUUCAUUGCCGCCCGUGUUCUCAGUCGUCAUCACCUCCCACACCAUCGCCAUCACCGUCGAAGACGAAGAAAGGUACCAAGCCAAGGAUAUACAUUAAAAAUAGCAGCAAUGGUAAUUGUUCAGGCGUACAACAAGCUAAAGAGAAGGGCUCUGAAGAGUCUCCAAACAUAUGAAUAGCUGUUUCCUCUGAGCCGUCGCAGUUUUUGUGAGCUUGUGAUGCUUCUCUCAUGAGAUGGUAGUUUAAUUGUUUGGGUCCUUAAAGUUUUAUUUGUUCUUUUGGGUGGGUUUACUUUGGAAAUGGGGGAUGGCUGAUAUGUAUACAUGCUUAGAAAAAAAAAGGUGCUUUUAUUUUGAAGUUUUACUACAUGAUGAUGAUGGAACCUUGUGGAACAAAGAGAUCCACACGGUAGAUUAUAUAUAUUAUUACAAGAAAUGAUUUUAUGGAAUUUUAUAUUACAAUCAGUUUGUAGAAGCAUGAUAUUUUAUCAUAUUCAUAUUUAUUAUUAUUAAUUA